GGUGACGUCACACGCGGUCCCUGGUCCCUCCGGCGGCGGCUUGCCUUCGUUCAGUCCGCUGCAGGCUCACCGGCGGACGGUUAACGGAUCUCCGGUCGGUAUUAUGGACCGGGGCUGUUUAUCGGCUCGUUCUCCAGCUGCUCCCGGUCAGAAGCGGACACACCGCGAGUGGAAACGUCGCUGCUGCUGAAUCACCUUCUCGGUCUGGAUUUUAUCCGCAAGCCAAGCGGAGUUCUUUCCCUCUUUUUGGAAAGUUUUGAACCAACGGUCGCUCCUUUCGAUUCUCUCCUCACGCGGAGAGGCACUUUUAAACAACGUCCACAACUUCCGCUUAACGGACACCGACGCGCCGGGAGCAUUUCUGCGGCUCCCCGAGACCCCCCCGGGGGUCUUUUUUCUCCGUUCGGUGGUCUCCUCUUCCUUUCCCCCCAGCUAGCUCCGUAGCGCAGAAUGCUACGCUGCGGUCCUACGUGAGCAUCAUGAUUUCAGAGGAGCGGAGCAGCCACGUCAAUAAACAGGCCCUGAGCUUCCCGGUGGGUUUACUCAUCCGCUCCCCGAAGAAGCGACUGGUCCGGCUGGGCAGGAAACCCAGCAAUGGAUCUGUCCAGUCCAAUAACUCGGACAUCACCGUCCGCUCCACCGAGAGCGCCGGCGUGCGGCAGCCGGCCAAGAGCAAAAUACGCCGCCACAACAACCGGCUCUCGACCGUCUUCAACCACAGCCCGGGCAGCGGGCGGCGCGGCCAGGCGCCGGCCGGCGGGACCCCGCCCGGUGACCUCCAGGCCGCCGACGACCCAUCGGAGCUGUCCAGUCAGAUGUCCGUCCCCGGCAUCCUGAAGAUCUUUGGCUGCGACAUCUGCCAGGGGACCAACUACAAGAGCGUGCUGGCCACCACGCAGUCCAGCGCCAAGGAGCUGGUGAAGGAGGCCUUGGAGAGGUACUGUCUAGAGAAAGAGGACGCCGGCCACUACGCGCUCUGCGACGUGAUCGGCAAGACGGGCGCAGACAACCAGUGGAAGCGGGAGUGUUUCCGGGUGGUGGGAGACAACGAGAAGCCCCUCACGCUGCAGUCCCUCUGGAAACCCAAGGAAGGCUUCUCCCGGCGAUUCGAGAUCCAGCUGAGAGCGAGCGUGGAGGAGCAGAGUCUACAGGACAGAGACACCGUCACCGCAGGCAUCAACGCUCAGGCCCGUAAGCUGCAGAAGAGCCGCUCCAGGGUGACCUCGCUCUUCGUGGACGGCAGCGGCGAGGAUGCGGACGGACUCGGGAUCUGGAGGAGCCUGAGCGAGAUGGACCUGCCUGCGAUGGGGAAGGAGGCCGGCCGGGCGGCGAAGAGCGCGCUCCGAGAGGACCCGGAGGCCGAGGCCGACAAGGAGGUGCUGCGCCUCGGCAUGGAGAAGGAGGAGACGGAGAGCAGCGACGACAACACCACCCAGUACUCCAUCCACCCGCCCUUCGACUUCCCGUACUUCCUCCUGCUGCAGGGCUACAGCCACCGACAGGAUUUCGUCAUCUACCUGAUGAGUGGAACCACCACCGUCUUCGGCUGCUGCAGGGAGCAUUGCAACGGGGAAGAUGAGGAGAGGCUAAAGGUUGACAUCCUUCUCUUUGCCCCCGACGUGUUGCCCCAGCACUGCUGCGUCCGACGCCUGGAAUCCAGCGGCCCGCCCUCCCCGGGGGAGCACAGGAAGACACUGACAAUGCUGAAGCCCCUCCACGGUGCCCCUGUGACCAGAAAUGGUUUCCUCCUCAAAGAGGAAGUGGAACUGAAACCAGGGGACCUUGUUAGCUUGGGGAAACACUACCUCUUCAUGUUUAAGGAUCCUACCAGCACCUCGGCGUCCGUGCAGACUCCCCUGUGGAUGAACCCGCUCUGCCCCAACUCAGACGCAAAGGCGGCCUCCUCUUGCUCAUCGUGCGGCUCCUCCGUCGCCAUGACAAGGCCCUGGAGGAAGCCUUCGCCGCCUCGUUGGAGGGACCUGGAAGGCACCGAGGCUUUGGUCAGCUACGAGCUGCAGCAGGAGGAGCGGGUCCUGCAGGAGGUUUUGGAUAUGUUGGACCCUGGUGGGGAUGGACCAAAGCUGGCGCCUGCUUUCCUGCUGAGCCUCUGCAUGCAGCACUCGGCCUGCACGUUCGGCCUCGCACACUUCAGGCAGCUGCUGCUGCGGAUAGCGGCACAGAUCCAGCUCGCUAUGUGGGAGAAGACAAAGGAACUUGCAGCGAUCCAGCCAGAAACCGGCUCCGACGCCGAGCAGCCCGAGCGUCUCCAGGUGCUCAGCAUGGAGGAGCUGAUCCCAGGUCUGCAGCCGCUGCUCCUCUGGAUGGCCAACUCCAUCGAACUGCUGCACUUCAUCCAGCAUGAAGUCCCUCAGCUGCUGCCCUGGAGGCAGGACCAGCAGGACACAGGUCUGUUGGACUCUGAGAUGUCCUCCACUCGCACAGCUUGUGAAGAAGCCAUGACAGUCCUGGAAGAAGUCAUCAUGUUCACCUUCCAGCAGUCUGUCUACUAUCUAACAAAGAGUAUGUACUCGUCUCUGCCCGGUCUGCUGGACGGGAACCCGUUCUCCGAGAGCGGUCAGCUGCGAGUGCCCGACGGACUCGGCGGCGUCCUGGAGGUCCUGAAGGAGGCGCUGAAGCUCCUCGCGGCCUUCCAGGUCCAUCCGGACAUCUCCUUGCAGCUCUGCGCCUACCUGCUGUUCUUCAUCAACGCGUCGCUGUUCAACGCCCUCAUGGAGAGAGGGUCCGGCGCCGGCUUCUACCAGUGGUCCCGAGGGGUUCAGAUCCGGGCCAACCUGGACCUGCUGAUGGACUGGAUCCAGAGCAUCGGUCUGGGCGAUCUGGCCAACGAAUACUUCCAGAAGCUUUCGGCCGCUGUCAAUCUGUUGGCCACGCCCAGAGAAACCCUGCAGCAGGCGUCCUGGGCUUCUCUCAGGGCCGAGUUCGCUGCCCUGAACGGCGCUCAGCUCCACCACAUGCUGACCGAGUACCACUCCGGUAAACCCUGUCCCCCCGGGUGGAGCCCGCCAGCGGGCGACGCCGAGGAUGCCGCCAGGACGGCCGACAUCCUGGAGAGCUUCGACAGCCACCCGCCGCUCAUCCUGCCCGACGGCCCCUUUCACCUGGAGCUGGGCAAAGCCGUCGUGGAGCCCGCGCUCUUCCAACAGCUCGCCCAGCUGCAGGAGUUCAUCCGCCGACUCCCCCGCGGUGAAACCCGAGCCGAGCCCCCUGCGGAGGAGCAGACUCUCAACGGGGCGACUGCAGACAGCCAGUCUACUGCCUUCCUGGAUCCGCCCAUCAAGGGGUCCCCGACCCGGUUACCUGCCCCGGCCCCACCGAGACGCUUCAGGCCCGAAGGAUCUCACGGGGACCUGAGCUGCUGCGAGGUGUUUCUAUCCCGAAGGUUGAAGAGCCUGGAGCUGCAGAACACGCUGUCAGGACACGACGACAUGGGCUACCACAAGAGCCUGGCGCUGGACCCGUCCUGCCUGUUGACUCCACCCAACACCCCGCAGGGGAUGGAGCUGUCGCAGCUGGAGGCCGAUCUGCAGGAGGGGGCCCGCCAGCAACGGAAAGCCGGUGGACGAGCCGACAGGAAGACGCAGAGUGCAGAAGAAGAAGAAGGCGGAGCCAGGGAGGAAGUGUUCGCGGUGGAGCUCCACAGGGGACCUCACGGCCUGGGCCUGGCUCUGGUGGACGGCUCGAAGACUCAGCUGAGGUUGAGCGGCGUUUACGUGAAGUCGGUGGUUCCCGACUCUCCCGCCGCUCGCUGCCAGAAGCUGAGGAUGGGCGAUCGCAUCCUGGCCGUCAACGGCGUCAGCGUGGUGGGAAUGGAGUACAACGCGUGAGUGUCGCGUGCACUACCACCGAGCGCCCCCCCCCCCCCCCACUGUGUGUGUGUGUGUGUGUGUUCACGGCUCGUCGUGGUCUCUGUUUGGGUUCCCGGGGAGAGAGCUGAUCCGAACCUCGGGAGACUUCUCUCAGACUGCUGGUGGCGAGCGGCGAGGGCUCGGCUACGACUGAGCGCUGAGGCAGAGCCGAGGGCGGACGAUCAAGUGCAAUCGGGAAUACUACGAAGUUUGGAUUCCUCUUCCCGCUGCAUCCGAAGUCAGUGUGCGGACACACUUCCUGUUUCUCGUGUUGUGAAACAGAGACAAAGCAGCAGGACUGACUCGCGUUUUCUAAAGGGCCUUUCUGCUGACUCAGCUUGUUUCUGGCCUCGUGAGUUCGGCCCCGUUUGAGGCAGUUCCAGGCAGCGAAGCAUCUAUUUGAUCUGAGGUCACAGUCUUCCUUUUCAUUCAACUCGUGUCUGGCAAUAACUGCAAAUAGUCCUUUUUAUCUUGCAGCUCUUCGAUAAACUCUAUAUUCAGUAAAUUAUCCGUCACAUCAUAUUCAGACCAAUAUUUGUUAAUAUUCAGUCUGCUCCAGAAAAUCCUCAAAACAAGGAAUACCACACUGGGAUCAAGCGGAAAUAUUCUAAUUUACUGGGAUUUUUGAUAUCUUGUUCUUUAAAAAAGGCAUUUAAGACAAUAUGAUUUUUUCCACAUCCACUCACACGCAAAUAUGUGCAGCAAGAGAUCAACAUUUAUUAUAUUAUGCUUUCCUGCUUACAGUUAAGUGAGAGGAUGUUAGCUUAGCUUAGCAUAAAGACUGGAAACAGGGGGGGGAAACAGGUUGCCUCUCGUCUGUCUCCCAUGUUCAUGCUAAGCUAAGCUAGCCCCCGGUCUCAAACAUGUUGUGAAUCCUCUCAGCUAACGAGGAGCUCCAAAGUGAACUUUUCCUCCGAAGCCUCAGGACGAAAUAUGAAACAUGCCGGUGACUGAUGUGAGGUCAGUUUACACGACAAACAUCAGCAGACAUGUUUGACAAACUGCUGCAGCGUUCUCAUCUCAGUCCUCGUUAAGUCCAAGUAUAUUGACACACAGUAUUACUCAUAGUAUUUUGUAAUAUUUAUAUGGCGCAGUAUUUUUGAAAACUUUGGAAUAAAUGUUAUUUUGACUUUGAAA